GGAAGGGUUAGUCUGUUCUCAGUCCAAUGUCAACAGCGAAUCGCGUUCGUUCAUUUCCAAUGUGAGAUACAGCCUGUCCCAAUCACGUAGCGAGAUGACAAUGGACCUGGCCAAUCACAUCGCUACUAUCCAAUGUGGAGAUUGGACCUGGCCAAUCACAUCGCUACUUUCCAAUGUGGAAUGGAUGACGUACGUUACGCGCCAAAGCAAGCUCAAGCACAGCAAGCACAGCAACGCUCUGCAACAAACGGAAGCCAUUGUUUUUUCCGCUUAUUCUACUUAGAAUCUAGCAGUACGAUUCAAUGAUGAGCAACAAGCCUAAAAGCCUCAAGGGCCUGGGGGAAGGACAGUGGAUGGCAAGGCUGAGGGCAUUUGCCAGCUCAGGGGUUUGGCCUUCUGGAGGCAACAGACCAGCCCCUAGGCAGCGGAAGUGGUAUGCCCUCUAUCAGAAGAUUGAGAAUUGCCCCAUGCAGGUCCGUGGACAGUCCACUCUGUUUGGAGGGUCAGUGGCCUGUAACUGUGGCUUUCACGGUGCUAAGGAUGCACCUGGAGGAGUUCAGCUGGCCACUGCGGGGGCUGCAGCUUCGGUGUGGUUGCCAGCAGAGAUGUAUAAAAACAUCCCUGUCCAAGACCAGAGGUGGAUUUCAAACGCCAUCUUCCACUCUGGCAAACUGCGGCAAGACCUGAAGCUGUGGUACGAGCCCCCUGCCCCAGCCCUCAUCUACCACCAGACACCGACACCAGACCGCUUCUUAAACCACAGGCUGAUGGUGUGGAUGCCCUACCACCUGUGGAAGGUGAGGGUAACCUGCCCUGAGUGUGGGAAGCAGCUGACGGGGUACGGUGUCCACAAGAGGGCUCGGAAGGUCCUGGACAUCGACAGGUAUUACCUGAUGGUGACAGAGACACUCGGGUGCACUGUGUGUUCUGUGAACUACCUGUCCACCUCCGAGACUGUCCGGAAUCAGCUGGACCUGCCGCACCAGAAAAUGUUCCGGAUGAUCCUGACCCGCCAGUACGCCUGUGACAUCCGUGUCAUUCGCCUGCUGCGUGACCGGACUCUCGGGAACAGUCCAGCACGUCUGGUGAAGCAGCUGAAGGAGAACCAUGGGGAGGAAUGGCUGAACAGGUUGGCACACUAUCUUGGGGAGUGUGCUGAGUUUGUUGGCCGGCCAAGCCUCUUCCCAGUGGUGUGCCAGGAUCCCCCAGAGCCCAUUGAUGUGCCCACCAGUCGCUGGCUGCUGACGGUCUAUGGCAGGGACAUCCUCUCUCGCCUGGACCAUAUUAAAGCCAGCAUCACAUCAACGUUUGGCUCCAUCUUAAAGAUGGACUCAACCAAACAGAUCACAAAGAAGCUGGCUGGCCAUGCCAAGGGGACUGGUCUCUGGGUCACCUCCAUUGGGAACGAGGUUGGCCAGAUCGUGACCAGUGUGGUGACAGUGCAGGAGGGGCCAGGACUGGACAGGAUGGUGGCAGGAGUGAUGGAGCGGUACCGCCUUGCAGCUGUCGCACCCCCACUGCUGCUGUAUGUGGACUGUAACUGCUGCAUCAGUGAGGGGUCCACCACGCUGCAGAACAGGUUUGGGGAGUGGCCAGACCUCCAAAUACGGCUGGACAUCUGGCACUUCAUGCGGAGGCUGGCUGUGUACCACCGACGCCCAUCCCCUCUACCCCACCUUCAUGAGCUACCUCUCUGCCUGCAUUUUUGA